AUUUGAUCAAAGUGAAAUAGAACGUUUACAAAGCAAACAAAGUGAAUGAUCACUUUUUUAUGCUUGUAUUUAUUUGAAUCCAGGUAAUUAUCAUCAUUUCCAUAGUCCAGCAAAAUGGAAAAUAAGUGAACGUCGACAUAUAACAGGUGAACUUAUGAGUGUCAGACCUGAAUUCAUUAUUUGGAUACCAAAUCUUCUUUUACUUAAUGAACGUGUAGUUUACUUGGGUCAAUAUAAACAUGGCUUAAUGACUCAAACAAUGAUUGGUGCAACAAAUGUUGGUUCCAUCGAUGUUUAUUUUGAUAAAACAUUGAAAACAAAUCAGAAACUAGAUGAUUAUACAUUUAGAAUAUGGAAAGAAAAGUUUGAAUCAACACAAGAAACUAGUUUUGAUAAAGGAGAAGCAUUUGGAGAGUUUAAACUAGGAUCUUGUAUUGUACUUGUAUUCGAAGCACCAUCUACAUUUCAGUUUGUUCGUCAUUCUGGUGACAAAAUUCGUGUUGGAGAAAAAUUGUAA